GUCAAGUUGAUUCACCGAUUCUCCUCUACCUCUCUCAGUUGAUUUCUUACUCUUCUCAUGGCGAAUCCGGCGGAUAAACCCGACCCGAAUCUCACCACCCCCGAUGAAGUUGAAGUAAGAGAAGAAAUCGAAGACAUUAACGGUGGCGAAGAAGAAGAAGAAGAGGAGUAUGAAGGAGAAGAAGACGAUGACGCAUCGAAACCACCUCAAACGCGAGAGGAUGCUGCCGCGAGUCGGGCCAACGCGCAGAAUCUCUUCCGUCGCAUGGGAGUAGCUCCCGUUCCGGUCCGUGUCCACGACGUGAUCGUCAAGGGAAACGAGAAGACCAAGGACUACGUGAUCGAGGCCGAGGUUGACGGCGUCAGGCGCGCCGCCACGUUGCAGGAGCUUCUCGAAGCUGCAAACGUCGCCAAUUCCAAUCUCCGCGCGCUCGAUAUCUUCGAUUCGGUCAAGAUCACGCUCGAUGCUGGUCCUCCCGAGCUUCCCGACACCACCAAUGUGGUUGUCAAAGUCGUCGAGAGCCAAAGCCCUCUCGCUGCUGAGAUCGUAACCGCCACGAGAUCGCAGGCUAGGUCGUCAAGCCUUGAAGGCUCUUUGAAGUACAAGAACAUAUUCGGCCAUGGAGAUAUCUGGGACACUUCACUUGCUUACGGCUGCGACAGCUCUGGAGAGGUUGGCUUGGGGAUGUAUCUCCCUAGGCUGAUCAGAGGACGUCCGUCUCCGUUCACCUCGCGUCUCUACCUCUCUACGCAAGAUUGGGUUAAGUUCUCUUCUUACAGAGAAAAAGCGCUUGGUGUUUCCCUCGGGGUUCUCUUGAGCAAGAAUCACGAGCUGGGGUACACGCUUGCGUGCCGUAACGUGAUUGAUCCGACGCAGAUGGCGUCGAGGACGAUAAGGAGACAGAUUGGGCAUAGUUUGGUGUCUGAUCUCAGGUACACUUUCAAAGUUGACGAGAGGAACUCGUCCUUGAGGCCAACUCGUGGAUACUCUUUCGUCUCCACUUCUCAGAUAGGUGGUUUUGCGCCUGGUAGGCGUACACUUCGGUUCUUGCGUCAGGAAGUUGAUCUUAAAUAUGCUGUUCCACUUGGUUUCUACCGUUCUGCUCUGAACUUUGGUGUAUCUGGGGGAAUCACGUUUCCAUGGGGAAAGGGAUACAAGAGCAGAGCUUCUUCUGUGUCGGAGAGGUUUUUCUUAGGUGGGAACAUUUCGCCUGUGUGUUCUUUGGGAGGACCGUCUGCGUUAUGGGGAUUCAAGACAAGGGGACUGGGUCCCAACGAGCCAAGGAGGGAAGUGGAAGACGAUCAGAGUGGUGGUGGUGGUGGUGACAGAUAUGAGCAGGAUUUCGUGGGAGGUGAUGUUGCGGUCACUGCAUUUGCGGACCUUUCUUUUGAUUUCCCGUUGAGAUGGUUCAGAGAGAGAGGGAUCCAUGGGCAUGUGUUUGCAUGUGCUGGGAACAUGGCGGAGUUAUCAGGGAACAAGUAUCGUAAUUUCACUGCUCCUAAGUUCUUAGAGACGUUCAGAAGCUCAGUAGGUGCAGGAAUCGUGUUACCAACUAGUCUAUUUCGCAUGGAGCUUAACUACUGCCACAUAGUGAAGAAACAAGAACACGAUAGAGCAAAAUCUGGGUUUUUCCUGACAUUCUCAACGCCAUCAUCUUAAUGCAACCUUUGAUGAUUUCAUUGCCGUGGCUGCUUGCAGUGUCAUGUUCGUUUUUUGGAAUUGAAGCUUGAAGAAAGAAGUCGGUUUGGAAAUUUCUUGACAAAAAACUUUUACAUAAACCGGAAUUAUUUUCAUGCGUCUUUGAAUAAGAACGUUACAUUUUGUUUUAUUAUGGUGACACAAUUUGAACACUAACAAUUAAGCUCAAAUGUUGUCUA